AUGACAACACUUUCUGGUUUCAGAAGCAGCCUGUCUCUGAUCUGUGCGGCAUGCUUGAAGAUGGAUGCUGUCUGGCAUGGCAGAUUUGGGAAUGGUCAUCUUGUGUCAUUACUCUUCCAUAGCUUAAAAUUUGGACUUUUGGGGAUCCAGGCAUAACAUAGCACUCAUUCCUCUCCCUUCCUCCUCCUUUGUGCCAUGGCAAGGACCUUUAAUGAUGAGAUGUGGGAUAUAAAUGUGCAUGGCACCUUUUUCAGGUGCUCCUGGACCUUGGGUUUGUGCUGCCUCAGUUUUGGGGCCUGCCAUUGAGGGUCACAGCUAUCUUGCCGUGCCUCUUCCCUCUGCUCUGACAUGGCGUGUGUGCAGGAAUAGAGACACGGGGUCUCACCAAACCAAGUCACUAAGCCACUUAGCCCAUAUGGGCCACUUGACAACCUGAACCAUGCCUCAAUAACAUCCUCUCUUGCUAUGAAUUGAGCAACUACAGCCGGGAAGGAAGACUUCAUUUCUCAGGGGAGCUGCCAAAAACAAAUGAAAUGUAACAUAUACAGCAUUUUUCGAAAAGACCCGUGGUAUCUUUCCCACAUGAUGUCUCUCUCUGAUUACUCUAGUUACUGGGUUGGUAUUAUUAUUUAAAAAACCCCAUCAUCUGACCCUUGAUAAUCCCCAUAUUGCAUUACAGAGGAUUGCUGGACAUACUUGGGACAUGUUGGUGUUCUUCAAUUUUAGACUGCCCCCUCAUGCUUACAAGUAUUUUACCAAUGAUGCAAGGUUAUGUUACACGGACACAUUCUCUGACCUGGUCCAGUUAAUACCUUGGCACUUGGAAAUGGCAUGUAUUGGAAAGUGGCAUGUAUUGGUAAAGGGUGACAGAUGUGUGGGUUUUAUCAGCAAAAAUGAAAGCCAGCAGUACAGAAGUUGCCCUGAAGUAUCUGGAGUCAGCACAUGGCUCAUCAUUUAUCUUAAAAAUAGAACGCGUUGGACAUUUUAGGCACUUGAAGCAUGUUUUGAUGAUCCACUACCUUGGAGUCAAAUGGUGAUGCAUGACGAGAAGUUGGUAAAUGAGCCUCCCGCUCUCUUGAUUCGACUUAAAAACCUGUCACUUCUUUUACUUCAGAGAUGGACAGAUGGGCUGGAAAAAAAAUUACCUAAUAUGAAAAGGAAAGAACAAAGAAAAUGUCUGAAUACAGCCAAAAUUCAGACCAAGAGGUCUACUCUGAAGACAUCGAUGAAGAUGAAAUCUUAGCAAACUUAUCUCCCGAAGAGCUGAGGGAGCUACAGAGUGAAAUGGAAGUCAUGGCUCCGGACCCACAAGUGCCGGUGGGAAUGAUACAGAAAGACCAGACCGAGAAACCUCCAACGGGGAGCUUUGACCACAGGUCUCUCGUUGAUUAUUUGUACUGGCAGAAAGCAUCGAAACGUAUGCUGGACGAUGAGAGAGCUUCGGUCACCCUCUUGGCGUCUGAGCGAAACACUGCAGACAAAUUUGAAGAAAAUACUGAUGAUGCAGAGGAUAUCACUAAGGAGGAAUUGCCAGGAGAUGCUACAGAAGCAGAUGGAAGAGAAAGAUAUUACAGAAAUGAGCAACUAGGAAAGUUUUAUUCAGCAAAGCAAUCAGGAGAAACAAAUGAAGACAGAAACAAUGAGGAGACAGAACAAGAGGAGGAGGAGGAAGAGGAAGAGGAGGAGGAGGAGGAGGAGGAAGGGGAAGAGGAGGAGGAGGAGGAGGAGGAGGAGGAGGAGGAUGAAGAAGAAUCAGGAACGAAGGAGCUACAUGGAGAUGAAAAUAGCAAUAGUGACCAGAUGACAGAGAAAAAAACAGGUACAGACUCAGGGGAAACUUCAGAGAAGCAAGAAGACAAUGAGAAGAAAAUAUCAAAGUUAAACCUUCCUAAAAAGUUGACUCUAGAUACUAGCUUCAUGAAGCUAAGUGCAAGGCCUUCAGGGAAUCAAACCAAUUUAGAAGCGAGUUUGGAGAACGUCCGGAAAAACAGUCCAGAUAUCACAGAGCUCAACCUGAACAACAUUGAAAACAUCCCAAAGGAAAUGCUGAUAGAUUUUGUCGAUGCCAUGAAGAAAAACAAGCAUGUCAAAACAUUUAGCUUAGCCAACGUGGGUGCGGACGACACCGUUGCGUUUGCUCUGGCCAACAUGUUGCGUGAAAACAGGAGCAUCACGACCCUAAAUAUUGAUUCUAACUUUCUCACGGGCAAAGGCAUCGUUGCCAUCAUGCGAUGCCUGCAGUUUAAUGAGAGGCUGACUGAGCUGCGUUUUCACAACCAGAGGAACAUGCUGGGCCAUCAAGCAGAAAUGGAGAUCGCCAGGCUCUUGAAAGCCAACCCUACCCUGCUGAAGAUAGGCUAUCACUUUGAAGUUCCCGGCCCCAGGAUGGUUGUGACCAACCUGCUCAGUAGAAAUCUUGACAAACAAAGACAAAAAAGACAAGAGGAGCAGAAACAGCAGCAAUUAAAAGAGCAGAGGGAGUUGAUCAGCAUGUUAGAGAAUGGAUUUGGGCUGCCUCCUGGGAUGUGGGAAAUGCUAGGAGGGCCAAUCCCUGAUCCGAGGAUCCAUGAGCCAAUAUGUGCCCCCAAACCACCUGUUCCCCAACCCAUGCCUAUUAGCAAAAGAAAGGAAGAAAGACACACAAGAAAGCCAGCCCCUGAACCACAGAAGGAAACGUCCUCCUUCCGAGUCAUUAAGCUGAAGAAGAUCCAGCGCAAACCCUCUGUGAAGCCAUAUGUGGAGCCCCCUGAAAAAACCAAUCUCAAAGACGUGAUCAAGACGCUUAAACCAGUUCCGAGAAGCAGACCGCCUCCUCUGGUGGAAGUAAGCCCGAGAGAUCAGCUGUUAAAUGACAUCCGUCAGAGUAACGUCGCUUAUCUUAAACCGGUGCCCCUGCCAAAGCAGCUCGAGUAAGAGACCAGAAUGAUGUGAAGAAAACAACCUGAAAUAAGGACUAUUCAAGUUUUGCCUUUAAUGGUUUCAAAGGAGGUUUUCUUCAGAAGCCAGGUGGUAGAUAACGAACACGUGGGAACAAUGCUUGCAAAGUGCAGUUCGUUUAAGCAAUGAAGGAAGAGGCUGGAAUGGAAACAGUCAAAACUAAGAGGAUUUCCACUGGAUAUCGAGUAACAAUGAGGCCCUCAUACAAUCUCUAUCUGCCAGCUGGACUUUGGCUUCCAGUUUGUUCAUGGGUAUUUUCUUAGAAGCAACAAUAGCCUUACAGCCUGUACAGUUUAGCUCUAUUGCUUCUAUGGUAUCUUCUGCUAUUAUUUUUUCCAGAAACCCAGCAGCCUAUAACAAAUGGUCCUCUUCUACACAUACAAUUUGCUUUCUUUACACUGCUCUUUGCCACGGCUAGUCAUUUUUUUUUAAGUUCUAGAGAAGCGAGUAGAGGUCCUCUCCAUGAGAAAGCACGCUGAAGCAUUCACUUCCACACCAAAUGGCAGCUGUCCUGAGGACAGGUUAUCUGCCAUCUCUGUAGAAAAGCAAGAGCUUAAAAAGCACGCAAAAAAAGAUCUGAUGGUUUCAAACUCCACCUAUCCCAGGAUAACUGAAUAACUGAAUAACUAUUCUCCAACCAUUUGGGUUGGUCUAAUAAAAGAUAUCAAAUUCACCCAAGGAACCUUGUCUACAUCCCAGAAUGCAUUUGGACAAGUAGUCUAUCUUGGGCAACAGUUAAAAUACUUUUGGGGAACGAUACAAUCCUUUUUCCUCCUCCUCCGGGUUUUUCUCUGUCCUUGUUACCAUCGAUUCACUUCUCAGCCCCCCCGUGCUUGAGGCUGCAUAUUGCGGUCACCUGCCAAACGAGACCAGGAAAGACCCAUUGCAGAAGUCCCUCAGCUCUGCUCCAUAUAGGACGAAUGCUUGAGUCUCGCCAGGCGUUUUCAUUUGGGGUUUAGCAGACUGCCGAUGCAAAACAGGUAGUCCCUUCUAGCUGGGAGAGGGAACAGCACUGUCCUCUUGCAUGGCAUCGCAGAGCCCAGCUUUGCACAACUUGAUGGUUUUUAAGUAGUUCCUGGAAAUAGUUACCCUCCCCAUCCUUUUACACAAGCGGAGAUGAAACCUUGCUUCGAGCCCUGGUUGUCGAGCACUGACAAAACGUGCCGAAAAAGGGAGAUUUCCCAUGCCAGGCCCUCCUUGGUUGAUCUGUCACUGAUCUUUCCCCCACAUUCCUCCUUUUUGCUAACAGGUGCAUUUUUAUAUCCCAAUCUUUUUGUCUGUACACCUUCAGCGAGCUCUUUCCUUUCCAAGGACACAGGUCUUGUUGGUUAUUCUCACAGCUACAAGUCUAUUUUCCCCCUUUUUUGUUCUGCUGGAUGCCGUUUCCUCCCCGCACGCUUAAAACUCGCCUUCCGCCGCUCUUGAAUACUUGCAACUAGCCUAUAUCCUCUCCUGUCCUUGGGGAUCUUCUUCUGUUGUUCCACGUUCCCUUUCCUGUAUUUGCCAACAUCCUGCAUUUCUUCCCACCCUACCUAAUCUUUCUCCCGAGCUGAUCGCAUUUCUUUUGCUCUCCCCCUGCUCUUAGCUUCCUAUUACGCUGCCCCUGUACCCCACCCUCUGCCAUGCAUCAAAGCUCUUCACCUCCAAGUCUGUCCCGGAGGUGCUCCCUUCCAACCUCACUCGACUCUCCCAUGUACUUCAAGUGGAACAGCCUGAUUGCAAACUUUGUAGGGGCGAGGGGAGGGAUCUUCCCAUUUGUCAGAUGUUGUAUACAUUUACAGAAUGAUACACGACUUAAUCGGGAUAUUUAAGAUGGUGCCUGUGGAAACUCUCUGUGUAAAAGUAGCUUUAUUGCAUCUCUCUUCAGAAUGUAAAAAUAACGGGGGGAAAAAAAAAGUGAACUGGGCGGUGUACUUGUAUUGUCUCUUUGUCCAGUUUUUCUAAAUAAUGGAUACAGGUGUAGACUCCUCAGACUAAUUGUGCCCCAGCCAACUGAUUGAGAAGGACCCAAGAUGGUGCCAUGUUUUCCUUGACCAUUCAUCAGCCAGGACUGGUCUAGGACUCGGUGGCAGUCUCAAGGCAGAGGUAUGCUCAUCAUAAGUCCAGUUCUGUAGAAACUCCUUCUCCCUGGCAGCUAAGGAGUUGUUACCAUAACCCUCUGUCCCUGGCGUUUCUCUAGGAGGGAAGCCUCCUGGGGACUGCUAUUAUUUUACCAUUUUCUGAUGUCUACUACUUGUAGGAUAAGUGGAAAAAAGGUGUUGGGGGAAGUGGGUAAAAAGAAAGCAAACAGAGCUUUGUCCUGCAUUGUGAAAUGCUCUGGGAAGGGACAGCAACCCUUGAUCUUUCCAUUCAGAGGUUAGAAGGAAAAGUCACCGACUGCUUCUGUUGUAGUCUAAUGAAGGGCCACAUGCUCUUAUAGUUUUGAAUCUGUCACCUGGAUCUGGACCAGACUGGCAACAUAAAUGAAAAUGGCCCGUUUCACGCUUCAUUUAGCCACUUCUCAAGCAUCAAUGAGGAACUUGCAACAGGAUCUAAUAAGGCUUCAAGAAAGGAGUAUGGCCAGGAGGUAGGUUUCAAUACAGGGAGGCAGGGUAGAUAAUAGCUGCUGUUCUGCAGAAGGCAGCAUCUAAGGUAGCUUGGGCGCCAGAAGUUUUAUGCCACACUCAUUCAGAAAGCAUGGAGAAGCAGGCAAGCCCCGUUAUACCCCAUUCUGCCUACGUGCUAUUUUGUCUUGAAGCAGUGAUCCUAGCAGCGUAUCCCUCACUGGCCAGGUCCCCACAGCAUGAGCAACUAUUAAAUGCCCUUUGGGUUUCUAUAAUUACUGCUGCCAUGGUCAUGCCACUCCUAGGAGAAGUUCUGGAUAGUGGGUUUAGGGUGCUUCUGCUCUACCCCCACUUCAAAAUGUUAGCGUAUUUUAAAUUAAAAUAAGAUGCACUUGCA